UGUGUUUUCCCAGUUGACCAUGGCAGCAGAGGAGAGACCGUGGCUCUGGGUGGUCUACAUACUGACUGUUGGUCUGCCCAUAGGACUGACUGUGUUAUUCUGCUGGCCCAAGAAAUCAGAUGAUGACUAUGUGUACAAGAAGGUGGACCCGCCUAAACCCGAUGUAGAAGAGGAGGAGGAAGAGGAUGAUGAAGAGAGGAGGAGGAAGAAGAAGAGGAGAAGAGGAGAAGGGAGACCAAGCAGCUAAGGCCAA